AUGCUAGCAGGAAGUAUUUACCCGGACAUGUGUGAAAAAGUUAAAAUAAUGAAAAUUGGCAAACCUAAUCAUCAAGAUUUGUUGAAGAUCGAGGAUCCCGGUUCAUUCGAAAAGGAGACUUGGCUACUGGACGAAAAUGAGAAACGAAAUACAAUUCCCGAACUCAAAGAAGCCGGUAACGAGUUUUACCACCAAGGUAAAUACAAAGAAGCUGAAGAAAAAUACAUGUUGGCUCUCGGAUUCUUGGAACAAAUCAUGAUGAAACUCAAACCACGUGAAAAGGAAUGGGAUGAAUUGAACAAAAUAAAAACUCCACUGUUACUGAAUUUGGCUCAAUGCAAGCUUAUUUCCAAGGAUUAUUACCAGGUCAUAGAACACUGUACAUCAAUUUUGGACGACGAUCCUGACAACGUCAAAGCAUUAUUCAGGCGUGGAAAAGCAAAUAUAUCAGUGUGGAAAAUGGACGAAGCCAGAGAAGAUUUAAAACAUCUUUCAACUCUGGAUCCUAGUAUGCAGGUUUCAGUCAACCGAUUGCUCUGUCAAAUUAACGAAGCAUUGAAGAUAAAAGACGAUGAAGAUAGACAAAAAUUAAGGGGAAAACUAUUCUGA